UUAGACUGAGGGAAGGGUUGCGUUGCAAUAAUUCGAAUGCACUAGCGUUCAGCCGCAGCGGCAGUCGCAGGGUUUGUAGCCCUUAACUCUCUCUCCCUCCCCCGACUCCUAGAGUCGCCCAUCCCCGUAGCUUUCAUGCUAGAAGAACCAGCCUGGGAUUAUCGGAUGCCGAUGGAAGACGCGAUGGACAAAUUCGAUGAUAUGGCUUCUGUGAGCGAUUUUGACCCCAUCCAAGGAAACAUCCCGGCCACCAAAGUGGAGAUCACCGUGUCUUGCAGGAGCCUGCUGGAUAAAGAUACGUUCUCAAAAUCUGACCCAUUGUGUGCUCUAUAUGUCCAAGGGAUUGAGACCAUUCAAUGGAGGGAGUUUGGAAGAACGGAAGUGAUCGACAACACCUUGAACCCAGAUUUUGUACGGAAGUUCAUCCUCGAUUAUUUCUUUGAAGAACGGCAAAAUCUGCGAUUUGACUUGUAUGAUGUGGAUUCCAAAAGCCUGGAUUUAUCUAAACAUGACUUUCUGGGACAGAUUUUCUGCACCCUGGGGGAGAUUGUCGGCUCACCAGGAAGUCGAUUGGAGAAAUCAUUAACUGGUAUCCCCGGGAAGAAAUGUGGAAUAAUUGUUCUGUCAGCUGAAGAACUUGGCAAUUGUCGGGAUGUCACAACUAUGCAAUUCUGUGCCAAUAAACUGGACAAGAAAGAUUUCUUUGGAAAAUCAGAUCCCUUCAUGGUCUUUUAUCGAAGCAACGAAGACGGAACCUUCACGAUUUGCCACAAAACAGAAGUGGUGAAGAAUACGUUGAAUCCCGUCUGGCAACAGUUUUGUAUUCCUGUCCGGGCUCUUUGCAAUGGUGACUAUGACAGAACGAUCAAGGUAGAGGUGUACGACUGGGACAGAGAUGGCAGUCAUGACUUCAUUGGAGAGUUUACCACAAGCUAUCGAGAACUUGCAAGAGGACAGAGUCAGUUCAAUGUCUAUGAGGUAAUAAAUCCAAAAAAGAAAAUAAAGAAGAAAAAAUAUGUCCAUUCAGGAACUGUUACCUUGCUGUCUUUCACAGUCGAAUCUGAGCACACAUUCCUUGACUAUAUUAAAGGCGGAACGCAGAUAAAUUUUACGGUGGCUAUCGAUUUUACAGCUUCCAAUGGAAACCCAUCUCAGUCCACAUCCCUGCAUUACAUGAACCCUUACCAGAUGAAUGCUUAUGCAAUGGCUUUGAAGGCAGUGGGUGAAAUCAUUCAGGACUACGACAGUGACAAGAUGUUCCCAGCAUUGGGCUUUGGUGCUAAACUACCACCCGAUGGAAGAGUUGCACAUGAGUUUGCUUUGAACGGCAUACCUGACAAUCCAUAUUGUAACGGCAUUGAAGGAAUUCUGGAAGCAUAUCAUCAAAGUCUCAAGACAGUCCAGCUUUAUGGGCCCACGAAUUUUGCGCCUGUGAUCAAUCAUGUAGCACGAUAUGCAGCAGCAAUACAAGACGGCUCACAGUACUUUGUUCUCCUCAUUAUAACAGACGGAGUAAUCUCAGACAUGGCGCAGACUAAAGAAGCUAUUGUUAAUGCCGCAAAGCUUCCUAUGUCCAUUAUCAUCAUUGGAGUGGGACAGGCAGAAUUUGAUGCGAUGGUGGAACUGGACGGAGAUGACAUCCGAGUAUCUUCUCGGGGUAAACCUGCAGAGAGAGAUAUUGUACAGUUCGUGCCGUUCCGAGAUUACAUUGACCGCACAGGCAACCACGUGCUGAGUAUGGCACGACUGGCCAAGGACGUUCUGGCUGAGAUCCCAGACCAGUUUAUAUCCUACAUGAAAACUCGGAGCAUCAAGCCCAACCCCGCGCCCCCGCCGUACACACCCACAGGCCUGGGUGUCCACACGCAGAUCUGACCCACUCCUCUCCAGGAUGCUUAGACUCGCCUCGUGAUGUUUAAUGUGUCGACUGCACUUCUGCUGCAGUCAGAUGCCACAAAAACAGAACCUCUAGAGAUGUUUUGUGUCCUCAGUCAUGUGAUUUGUGCCACAAAUGCCGUAUGUGUGGGAUGCUCGAGGUUGGCCAAAGUAGACGGAACUUUUUCACAUUCCUCCAAGAAGACAGGGAACAAUUGCAAGGAUGCCGGAGUUGGUUGCAAACACCUGUCCGGGCUGGAUUUUCUAAACUGAAGGCUUCUCAGUCCACUCAAGGAAUGAAACCAGCGAAUGAAUGUGGAGUAGAGUGAGUAACAACUAUGGAACACAUUGAGGAUUUGCAAGUGGUUUGCAUACUGAGUAUUUUAAUGACAUGGAUACUGUUUGAAAAUUGUCUGUUUUGUCAUUUGAAUUUACGAAUUGAUUCUUUCUACAAUCUAACUGGUUUAUAUAAUGCUGAAGCUCUUUUAGCCAAUUGUUUGGAAAAUCAAUGGGAAUUUGUAAUGUUUCAUUGUUUGGUGCCUCCACCGUUGCUAUUGUUUUGCCGAUUGUGACUCGUUUGGGAGCUUGUUUAGACCAAAUCAGUUCAACUGUAAAUCCGUUGUCUGCAGCUCAGUGUAAACGCCGUGAUCCAAGCUGGGCCAAUCCAUAAAAUGCGGUAGAUGUUAUGAAACAGAAGAUGAUAAUCAUAAAGAAUUAUAAUUUUCAACUCGAAAGCAGUCCUUUCCACAAUGCAAAGGACAGUGCUUUCAGCUUCCCUGUGUGCGUGUGUGUGU